AUGCAUUUCCUGCGCUCUCCGAAAGCCCUUCUGCUCCUCACAGCAGCCGCGACAGCGAGCGCCGCCGGUACAUCGACGAUCUCUACCACGACUAGCAUCCCGGCAUGCACAGCUGCUCCGAAGAGCGGAACCGGCGCUUUUUACGACCUUCGGCCUGACAUUGCGGUGACGGCUAAGGAAGGCAAGUCGUCCAAGAGCAGCGUCACGACAGACUACCACGCCAGGGGUUGGGACUAUGGCCGGAAUUUCACUCUCAAUAUUUGCGCUCCCGUUAUCGAUGCCGUCGAGGAUGUGGUGGGGUUGAGUAAAGGUGCCUCAAAAAACGUCAGCGCAUACUACACACACAAUACCGAGACUUAUUCGAUAGGUCAAUCAAACAUGGACAUCCAGAUGCGUGGGCGCAUACUAGUGCUCCAAUACAAGGACGGCUCUCCAUGCGGCGGAGGCAAGUCCAAGAGAUCGGCCAACAGGUUCACCGAUGAUGACGACAGAACACUCAUCACGGCUUCAGGUAGUGGGCAGAAGAAGGCAUCCGCUGAGAAGGAUGACAAGACGACCCGCCGCAAGUCGGCGACUAUCUCCUUCCACUGCGACACGGAGCAAGUUGGUGGAGCAGCCCACAUUUCUUUCGUCGGCUCAGAUCCCGACGAUUGCGCCUAUUUCUUCGAAGCCCGUUCCCAGCACGCCUGCCCGAGGGCCGAGCCCCACCAGCCAGGCAGUGUCGGUCCUGGCAGUGUGUUUGCCAUCAUUUUCGUGAUCGCUGUCAUGGUGUACUUUGGAGGAGGUGUCUUCUACCAACGGACUGUUGCCCAUGCUCGGGGCUGGCGACAACUACCCAACUACAGCCUCUGGGCUGGUAUCUGGGGGUUUGUUAGCGACAUGUUCGUCAUUGCCACAUCUUCAUGUGCUCAACUUCUGCCUGGGCGACGUGGCUACCGUCACCUGUCCGGGUCGCCGAGUAGAGGACGCAACCGCGAGGAUGAGAACCGAUUGAUAGACCAGCUCGACGAGGAGUGGGACGAUUAA